AAUAUUUGAUAAUUUGCAUAUUGUUUUCCGAUAACAGAGACUACAGUGAACAUUGCAGUAUUCAUUAAUCUAUGUUUUAGCAUUUAAUAGCAUGUUUAUACGGUGCGAUGGCUAUCCUGCGCUGUGGCCGGAACAGAGGAUGAGAACGACGACCCAACUCCCAUGAGCAAAAACAUGAAGACUGCCAAGCAAGCAAGCAGUAACUUCAUCAAAAGACAGACAGGCACACCUACCAGGCCUGUCUAGCUCAGACACGAGAUCGUAUUCCCCAAUGUGGCAAUGUCCAUGUCUGCCAAUCUUACAAAAAAAAAUCAUUCUCUUCUAGGAGUUUGUGGAGCCGUGUUUGCAAAUUCGUCGUUUAUAUGGGCGCCGGACUUUGCAAUUUGCAGAGCCGGCCGUCCACACAGACUUGGUCCAAGCAGACAGUCGCGUCCGACAACCCGCAAGCAGCUAGCAGAAACCCGGAGAAAGCAAGAGAACGAGGGGUUUCCCUCUUUGCACCAAAUGUCAGCUUCAAACCAAAUGACGACGACGCAAAGGCCCGCAUGGUUGAAGCAGCAUCCGAUGCGAACUGAAAGAUGCCUGCCUGCAAGUCCCCGUCUCAGCUGCCGUGAUCCCAUCGAUCUACAUCUACCUUGCCUGGCCUCCUAUAAAGCACCAAGCUCCAGGCACAUACCAAACCGUGCUCAGCUCCUCGCUCUCCCUGAAACUGCUGCCAUCUUCGUCGAUCUGCAGGUUCCGGUCGAAUUAAAAAUGGGCGACAAGACUAAGACGUCGUGGCCGGAGGUGGAGGGGCUGCCGGCCGCGGCGGCGAAGCACAAGAUCCUUGCGGACCGGCCGGACGUGCAUGUCGUCGUCCUGCCCGUCGGCUCCGUCGUGACCACUGAUUACGACAUCAAGCGCGUCCGCGUCUUCAUCAACCGGGCCGGCAACGUGGCAGAGGUCCCCAAAGUCGGAUCGUGCCAGAGGUGAUUACUAUACACAUGUGAGUGAUGAGUGCAUUGUUAUUUGAGGGUGAUGCUUGUACUGGUUUCCUACUCUGAAUUCAAUUUAGAGGAAUUAAAGGUGAUGAGCACAAAUAUGUUGAGUCUAGAACUCGAAUUUGGCAAGGCAUAAUCUUCCACUAGGGUCCUAAUAACCAAAAGAAUGUAAGCUAAAUGGCCCUAGUUUAGGAUCCGUGUGACUUUUACCAACAUUAAUUUUAAUAAUUCUGUUAUUUAUCUAAUGGCAGAUUGGUAGGAAAAAAUUGUCGUCAAAUCUCUUAUCCUAAGCUAGGUAGGGGAGUGCCAAGGGGUGGGGCAAUGGAAAGGGGUUCAAGGGCAUGCUUUAUUCAAGUCGAGCAAGAAACCAUAGGUAAUGAGAAGAUGAGAUCUACACUACUGAUGCUACAUCCAACAGUAAUGGAAUUAUGGAAGUUGACAAGUAGUACAAGUAGAUCCAUCCAAAGUACUGCAAAAAAUAUUGUUCACUUCCAAUGAUUUGUUUAUGAAACAUAGACAGAAAAACUUUUGAUUCGGAUGAACAGAUCGGAUACGGAUGGAUGUACACAAAUACGAAUACAGAUAAUUUUUUAUUUGGAUUCAGAAUCAGAUACUAUAGUGUUAAAUAUCCCGGAUAUUGAUAUCCAUCCUAUUCACAUAUUAUACAUCCCACUUAAUUUUUUGAAUACGGAUAUUAAAUAUCCGGUUACAUAUACCGUCUAUUCCAUUUAGUCUCUAAAUCCUUUUGGUCGAACGGACAAAUGAAAAAUAUCCACACCGUUUUCAUCCCUAUAAGGAGCACAAUAUUACUUUGGUCCAUAUCAUUUGGGCCGCUCAUCCAUGACGAGAUGAAAGGGUUAGUAAUGAUAUGACCAUGGUUUUGUAAUUAGUCCGCGUAAUUUGUACUAUAGUAGAGACCAAAGUUCCUGACAUCUCCCCAAGUCUAAUCAAUCUAGUAUUACUAAUUUCUCCAAAAAAUAUCUAGUAUUACCAGUAGAGCGAACUGUUGGCAUUGGUAAUUUUGGAAAUAAAAGUUAAAAGACUGUUUUAGUUUGAGUGUUGGACAUGCCACUGCGGGGCGGACACGCCAGGGACUCAAACCCUAUUCCUCACGCUAUGUUUCUCGGGAUGGCAGAAGGUUAAUCUACCCUUUAACCUUUUUUUUUAAAAUAUGAAAAAUUAUAUAAACAAAAAAACCGGUCAUAUCCAGUAUCCAUUUACCAAAUUCAAAAAGUUAUUUGGUUAGGCGCUCGUUACAAAAAGCCCACCGCAUAGCAUCCCAAUUGUGAGGAACGAGC